CGUCAAAUUGUAGAAGUCACAAGUUAUUUAUUUUUUACUUCUUUAGGUUAAUAUAUAAGUGAUAAUAACAAUUAAUAAAAUCUAAAUGGCUUUAAUAUCCUGGUUAAAAGUAUUAAAAGUGAAACCUUUGCUACAAUUUGAUUGUCAUUUAUCAAAUUUAUUAAAUAGUACUUAUAAGCAGCAAAAGUUAAGAAGAAACCCAAAUAUUUUAUGUUAUAGUGUUCACAUUUCUAACAAAAAAAAAAAUAAAGACAAUGUAUCAAAAGAACAAGUGAAUACAGUUAAUGAAUCUAAAAUAACACUUUUAUUACCAAACAAUUCUAUGAUGGUUACGUAUUUAAAGGAUGCCAAAAAACUUGCAAAGCAUAAAAAUUUAGAAUUAACAAAAGUAGAAGAUGAACAAAAAAAUUUAUCUAGAGAUACAUACAAACUCAUACAACCAGGUGAAAGAUUCUUAGAAACAAAAGAUAAUGAUAAAGAAAAUGGUAAAAUUAAAACAAUGAAGCAAAUACAGAUAUCUAGUAGAAUUUCUAUACAUGAUCUCAAUAUAAAAUUAAAAAACAUCAAUAAAUUAUUAAGUAAAAAUUAUAAGAUCAAACUUAUCGUUAACCAUAAUUCAGAGACACAUGAUAAAGUAUUGAAAUAUGCAGAAUUUAAUAUAAAACAGCAUGGAACAAUACAAAAAACUGUAAAAUCAUUGUGUACAACACUUACAAUUACUCCUAUUUUAAAUGGGGAUAGCAAUGAGAAUCCACAUGAUGUAAAUGUAAAUAUAGAAAAAAAAAAUGAUUAAUGAACUUUAAAUUUAUAUAAUAAAUAGAAUUAUUUAUCGAUAUAGUAAUUGUAAAUAUAAGUAUGAAUCUAUUUAUAGUGCAAGAAUAAAGUAUGUAAAAAAGUGAUAAUAUAAAAAAAUAUUAUAACAUACUUUAAAUAAAAAUAUUAUAUUCAAAUUUA